AGGCCUGCUCGGUCGAUCUUCGAGCCGAAGAUGCGGCGGGGCUGGAAGAUGGCUCUGUCUUGGGGGCUGUGGUGCUGCCGCCGGGUACUGUCCUGGGUGCCAGUGCUCGUUAUAGUCCUCGUCGUUCUCUGGUCCUACUAUGCCUACGUCUUUGAACUCUGUCUCGUUACCAUUUUGAGCCCAGCAGAAAAAGUUAUCUACCUCCUACUCUAUCAUUCCAUUUUUGUGUUCUUUGCAUGGACCUACUGGAAGUCCGUCUUCACACUCCCACAGCAACCAAACCAGAAGUUCCACUUGUCCUAUACAGACAAGGAACGCUAUGAAAAUGAAGAGAGACCUGAGGUUCAGAAGCAAAUGCUUGUGGAUAUGGCCAAGAAGCUACCAGUGUACACAAGGACCGGGAGUGGAGCUGUGCGGUUCUGUGACCGGUGCCAUCUAAUCAAGCCAGACCGCUGCCAUCACUGUUCUGUCUGUGCUAUGUGUGUUUUAAAAAUGGACCAUCACUGCCCAUGGGUUAAUAACUGCAUUGGAUUUUCCAACUACAAAUUCUUCCUCCAGUUCUUAGCUUAUUCCCUUCUCUAUUGCCUGUACAUUGUGACAACCGUCUUCAGCUAUUUCAUCAAAUACUGGAGAGGGGAAUUACCCAGUGUUCGCUCUAAGUUCCACGUCCUCUUUCUCCUCUUUGUGGCCUGCAUGUUUUUUGUCAGCCUUGUGAUUCUCUUUGGUUACCAUUGUUGGCUUGUCAGCAGAAACAAAACGACCUUAGAGGCCUUUUGCACUCCAGUAUUUACAAGUGGACCGGAGAAAAAUGGGUUUAACCUUGGCUUCAUCAAGAAUAUCCAGCAGGUGUUUGGCGAUAAUAAGAAGUUCUGGUUAAUACCUGUUGGGUCCAGCCCUGGUGAUGGACACUCCUUCCCUAUGAGGUCUAUAAAUGAGUCUCAGAACCCGCUGCUGGCAAAUGAGGAACGCUGGGAAGACAAUGAGGAUGACAGUCGAGAUUAUUCAGGAGACUCGUCAUCACUUACUGUGGAAACAGAAACGUAGCAGUUUUCCUGUUUUCUGCAUCUCCACCAGGAACCACCAUCUCCCAUAAGGCUUACAGACUGCAAUGUUGAGAACCACUCUAAUCCUCAAAAUAAGUCACCACGUUGGAUAGAAAGCUUCACAGUUUGGGCCUUCCAUCAAAUAUGUGCUGUGCAGAUGUUUCAGGACUUUGCGAAUUGACUCUACCGACUGAACUCAUUUUGGAAACAAUUGUUUCAAGCCAGUUUUUCUUUCUUACCCUCUCCCAAUCCAUGAAAGCCUAAGCAAUACACACACACACACACACACACACACACACACACACACACACACACACACAUUCGUCUAGUUGGAGAAAAAGGAACUCCGAAGAUUACCAUGGAGUUAAUUCCCCCCCUGAAAGACUAUUAACCAUGUCUGUCUGCAGGGUCUUUCUAGUUUUGAGGGAAGUCAGCAUGGGUUUGCGACUUAUGUUCAUUAGCAUAUAUAAACAUGUGUGUGUGCAGCAGAAUUCUGCCAAAAGUCAAGGUUUAAAAACUGAGGAUUGUAUUUAAUCAUUCUUUUCAACUAAAUAGCAAUUUAAAUAUUCACUGAACUCUGAACAAAUCCUAUAUCAUCCAUCUGAAAUUUAAGAAGGAUAUUAAAUAGACUGUGACCAUGGUCCUGUGGAGAACUGGACAGCAAUUCAAAACCUGUCCCAUUACAGAGGUUUCAGAAAGCACCACAGCUAAUAGGGAAGACCAGAUCAAACUUACAUUUUAGUAAGCAUAACUAUUAGCAUUUUAAGGCCAAGCAUGAUGGUGCUUGCCUGUCAUUCCAAGGUCAAGACCAAGUUGUUCUACACAGUGAGUUCCAGGCCAGCUUGGGUUAUAUAAGAAAACCCUGUCUUGAGAAAAAAAUAAAAGGAAUUACUUUCUUAAAAACUUCUAAUGCCAGACUAUGCUCAAAAUCUCGAUUUUAUUCAUUUCUCUGCUCUAUGGCUUUAUUUUAGCCUUUGUAAAUUACUUUUGUAAUGGUAGAAGUAUUGUAAGCCCAAGUUACAGACCAUCCAUUUUAUAAAAAGGAUUUAAGGGUGAUUUUGAGGUAUAAUUAAAAUUCUGUUGAAGACGAUAAUGUUUCAGAUAUGACACUAGCCUGAGGAUUAGCUAAAGGUCUGUGUUUUGAACAGCAGGAGUUAAUGUACAGAGUUAACUGAACAGUGAUCUUCCAGUCCUCUUUCUUUAAGCUUUGGUGGCAGUUCAGCCAUUAAGAGAGUUUACAUCCAUUUCCCCCCUUAUUUAUAACCAGCCCUCCUUUCAGUCCUGGUGCCUGGAUCAAUGAGAUGGACACUAAUGCUGCUUCUUUAUAAUAAUAGUACCUAAGAGUAUUGAUGUUUUUCAGUUUUCAGCCAGCACUCUAAUGCACAGCUGCUGACAAUAAAAGCCCCAACUCUUAACGGAGAUCAGUGGGAGUUACAGGGAGCUCACAAUUAUCAGGGAAUUGAACUCCUUACGAGACAGUUGGGUUUACUAAAUUAUUUUUUUCUAAAAUGUCUCUGAGUGAAAAGGAGUUUCUUGGCACAAACAAAUCUGUGUUGGGGCACCAGUGCAACUGGGAAAGAAAAGAAUCCAGCUAUUCAAAGCAACCACAAAAUGGGUCCAUUUGGACCCCCAAGGUCAUUUUAACCAAGGUGAGACAUUUAGCAUCAAAUAAAUAGACUGUGGUCUGCAUUUCAUUUGAGAGAAUACAAGACAUGAAUAAGCCUAUUAGGGAGAGGGCCUAGGGACUGCUUUCAAAAUUCAGAGAUUAAGGAGCAAACCAGAAGACCGUGCAUGCUGGAUUCAUAGUGAAAGUGUAUACUUUCACAUGGGAAGAACUUCCCCUUUCCAUGCUCCGUCUGAAGCACCCCUCUUGUCUAGGUUUCCCUGGGAAGUAUAUUUGGCAAUCCACAUGGCUCUAGGAUCCACAGGCCUUGCCUUCUAGUCCUAUACAAAUGUACGUUUCUCUAAAAGGGUGCAAGCAGCACUUCACAGCAAGUCAGUGUCAAAGCAACCUUCCCCAACCCCAACUAUUGUCUCCACUAAGGUCCAGAAGCUGCAAAGUCAGGAAGGCAUCAGGAACUUCUCCUCUGUCAAGUGUAUUAGCUAGCAUUCAGCCCUUCUAGAAAUCCUGUUACAAAGGACAAUGUUAGUAAACGACAGGGAAGUAGUGGAAGGGUAAAGCUCAGGUUAACGCAAGCUGAUUGUUCAGUGUCUUAAGACUUAUACUAUCUCCAAAAGGCCAAAUAAACCGGGGUUUCUCUGGGUGCUUGAAGAAAGAAGAAAUCCUAUUCUUACUUUAGUAUCUUGAUCCCAUUAGUUUAUAGACAUUGAUUAUAUCUCUAUACAUAGAGUCUUUGUGUAUUGGAUACUGUAUAUAGACAUCUAAGUGAUUACUUAUUGAUCAAGAAGACAGGUUUGUUUUAUAAUCAGAACACCCUGACCUCACUCAUUGGCUUUUUUUUUCCUGGAACCCUGCCCAAUACUUCUGCGGGAUCUCAUUCCCCAAUCUUUGGUACUCUUCUUCCACAGUGGGAAAAUGGAGCUACUUGUUGCUAAUAUCCCACAGUUGAAAGGUGCUAUGUAACUCCCUCGUGCUCUUACAUAUUUUUAUUGGCAGGACUGGAAUGAAGGGUUUAACUAUUACCAUAUUUCUGAGCACCAGAUCUGCUCCAUUCUUUCCUUCCACACUCUCAGUGCAGUGUAUUAUUUUGCAGAGCCUAGAGUACUUUAUUAAUGUUCUUCCAUUUGUUCCAAUAAUAUUCUUGGAAAGAGAUAGAAUGGAAAUUAUUUUUCAAAAGCUGAAGAUAAAAGAGGUAAAGUGCCAUCCAAAAGCAGGUAGAUACUUUGGACAGCCUACUGUUAGAAAGACUUCUAGUGCAGGAAUUGCCAGGGACCACCUUAGAACAAACACCAAGAGCAAACCGAAAGGAAUCACACUCCAAAUUCUUGAAGUUUGUGAUUUAGACAGCUCUUUAUUUUCUAAUGCAAUAAUGUGCCUCUUUUCCUCAAUAGCCCCAUAUGACAUAUGUAUUUCUCACUAGAUGGCAUCAGCCAGUGCCAUAAUCUUUUGUGGCACCCAGACAGCCCAAUCUCAGGGUUCACUUUUCCAGGGAAAACAAUGUGCUUCCUCACGUUCGUGCCAAAUUGCACAGAGUGUAGGCAUUUAUGUUAAUGGCUAUUUCAGCACAGUCCCGACAGGUGUGUUUUAAGUAACUGUGUAUACAUACAUUACUGCAAUAUACACCUAAGAUUUAACCAGGCCGCAACGACAGGAAUGUAUUGCUCAUAGUCUACCCCUUUGAACUCUCAUCACGCAUAUCUACAUGUGUGGACAUUUACAUGGACAUGAAUGCACACCCUUCUUUUAAGGCAAGUGCUAGGUCAUUAGAGCAAAUAUUUUACAGGGAUUGUUCUGUUCUCUCCUUUUUAAUGAAGUCCAAAAUCACAGGAAGUGAACAUUUCGUGCAUCUGUUCUAAAAUAUCUGCUGUCAGAGUAGCUAAGAUACUCAGUGGGGCCAAAAGACAUGCUCUGUGCAGAGGCAGGCACAGAGGACAUCUAACAAGAUUAUCAGACCCGAUUGCAAGUUCCAUGUUCGCAGAAAUUUCAUGCACUCUGUCCAGUCAGGAGGAAAUGAUGGACAGUGUAUGCUACAUUUGCAUUUCUUUAACCAUAUCUAUAAUAUACCAUAUUAUGCUGUAGCCUUUGCAUGUGGGUAUUAUGAAAUAUAGUAAAGAAUGGGUGGCUCUUACCAGCAUGCAACCCUUGACUUGUUUACUUCCCCCCAAAAGCUAAGGCUGUGUCCUGCCACAGUGUUCAAAACUGUUAAAUGUGUUCUUUGGAGUAGCCUAGUUAACAUCUGUCAACAGAAUGAGAUAAAACCCAGGGUGAAUUCAAUCUAUCAGGAUACAGGUUUUUGGUAGGGGAUGGCUAAAAGAAAAGAACAGUAAGAUAAGAUGCAUUCAAAGAGUAAUUGCUCCCAGCCCGCUGUCUAAAUCAGCAAAGGAGCACAGCAGGAAACCAGGAACUGGGUCUUGAUAAUGUGUGGAACGUAUUGGAGAGCCAGAAAAAGGAAAAACGCUGGGGGACUUCAACAGUUAAGCUCAAGUUGCCAAUUUGCUAUAAAUCCCUUUUGCCAUCAGUCUGCUUACAGUGACUGUAUAUACUAUUCUGAAAACCAUGUGUCUUGCUGCAGAAAUACUGAAAAAUGCUUUAUCUUCCUAUGUCCUUUAU